GUAAAGAUAGGAGUCCAUUUUAAACCAUCUGCACAUAAAUUUCAUCAAAAUUGUGACUUUUUACUGCUGCUUAAUGUAAAGCUGAUUUGGUAAAGUUUCUUUUAUUCCACUCACGACUCAUUGGACACAUAUCUUUCGAUCGCGAAAAAGAAACUGUAUGCUACAACAUGUGGUUCUGAGGUGCCCUAAGCAAAAUCGGUUUUUCAAGCAUCUCUCAUCAAGUUUAACUGUCAAACAAGAUGGACGACGAAAUGAGCGAAUAUCUAAACAAAAUGCAAAUCAAAGAAACAUCUGAAUUGUAUGUUCGAUGCAGUACAAUAUGUUUCGAUCGAUGUGUUAGCAAUUUUACUUCACGCAAAUUAAAUGAUAAGGAGGUAUGGUUUCAUUUCAUAUCGAGGACCGAAUGCGUCAAUAAAUGUACAGAAAAAUUCGCCAAAAUGAACCAACGUUUAACACUUAGACUAUUUGAGUUGAAUCGUGAAGAAUUAGUUAAACAGUGAAACAAAAUCAAAUAUUCACCUCAGUAGCUGUACAUAAAUUUGUUGACCUCGUUUUAGAGUUUUAUCUUGUUGAAUAAAACUUCGAGUUUUG